CGUAAAUAAGUUGAUCAAGCUGCUGCUGCUUACUCGAAAGAUCCUGUCGCCAAGUUCAGUCCGUGGUUUCGCCAGGAGAGGAUGAACUGGCUUUUCCCCCUGUCCAAAGGCUCCGGACCUGUCCCCCCUCUGAACAGCCUACAGCAACAAAGACAGCGGCAGAUCGAGUCCCUGAAAGCCGCUCAUCCCAGCCUUGCAGAGAUCCAGAAGGAUGUGGAAUACAGAAUACCAUUCACAGUCAACAACUCCACCAUUAAUGUUAACAUUCUGCUGCCUCCUCAGUUCCCGCAGGAGAAGCCGGUGGUUAGUGUCUACCCCCCUGUUGGUCAUCAUUUAGUCGACAGCAAUAAUGGCACCAUGAUCACUAGCCCCCUCAUCACUAAUUUUGGGAUGCACUCAGAUCUGGGAAAGGUCAUUCAGAGUCUCCUGGACGAGUUCUGGAAGAGUCCUCCUGCCUUGAUGUCCAGUGGCGCUGCUGGCUUCCCAUACGGUAUGUACAAGCCGUCAGGAAUCGCUCCUUACCCCUCUCAGGCUUUCCACUAUGGUGCUCGCCACAUGGGCCCCAGUCACACGGCGCCUGCUGGUCCAGGCCCAGCUCCGUCUCCAGCUCCCAUGCCGCACCCAGGGGUCGAUAGUGCCCAUGGGCCCCCUCGAGCUCCAGCCCCAUAUGGACUGAUUUCUGACCUGCCACUGCCUGUUCCUACUGGAGACUCACAGGCUGGACUGAAUGGACACAUGUACAAGAUGCCUGAGAUUCCCGAGUCUUUUCCUGAACUCUGUGACAUGAAUCUGACCCAGUUGUCAGAAAUGUCUGAAAAUGAGGAUGUCUUACUGGAGUUCUUUGUGAGUUUGCCACAGCUCAAACAGGUCACCAGUGAUAAAGAAGAGCUUGUCACCAAUAUAGUGGACAUGGCUAAGAAAAACCUUCAAAUGGAGCCACAGCUGGAAGGAAAAAGACAAGAAAUGCUCUAUAAGUACGAACAGCUGACUCAGAUGAAGUCGGCCUUUGAGACGAGGAUGCAGAGACAGCAUGAACUCAGUGAGAGUUGCAGCCUUAGUACUCUACAGGCUCGGUUAAAAGUUGCAGCCCACCAGGCUGAAGAGGAGUCUGAGGAGACGGCUGAAAACUUUCUGGAGGGACGCACAGACAUCGACGAAUUCCUGAGCAGCUUCAUGGAGAAGAGAACGCUUUGCCACAGCAGAAGGGCCAAAGAGGAAAAGUUGCAACAGUCCAUCAACACACAUGGACCGUUUCCUACCAGCCACUAGAACACAAGGUUUGCUGUUUUCUCAGCCAACUGCUGCCAAUUAAAAAGAAUAAAGACAUUUGAGGGGAUGAAAAGCACACUGAGUCAACAAUGGGCACUUUGGAGAAAUAGGAAGACGCUGACAGCAAUGGUAAUGGUGGGUUUAAAAAAAAAAAAGCCCACUGGCCCAGAUCUGCGCUAAAUAAAACAGUUGAAGUUGGAUGGAAAAGCUGUCGAGUCACCACAAGAGGCCAAAACUGGGAGAAUGAGUGACACAUGCCUAGCUUGCACAUGCUGUUUGUUCUGUUCUGUUUUGACUUGACAGUGAUGACAAAGAGUUUUGUUUGACAUCGCUCAAUAACAGCAGCACCUGCAUCCGAUCAGUGUGGUUGGUGAUGUGAACACAUUUGGAAGAAAGUACAAAUUGUUUAGGACAGUAUUCCCAAUCUUACUUUACCAUGCAGUAAGCAAGUAAAUGUCACUAUGAAAUAAUUGUUAAAAUGCUAAUCUUGGUGUCUGUACUUCACGUUUUUGAGAUCAUUAUCAAGUCCUUGCUUUGUAAUCGUAUAAGAUCCCAGUCUUACUGGAGAGACAGACAGAGCUACUUUCACACUGCAGAUCUCCUGUUUACAUUGGAAGGUUGUUCUAGAAAUUUACAUGACACUCAGCACUGGCAUUGUCACUUUAACAAGUCAAGAGAAGCUCUCCAACAAAAACGAAGCUGAGGACGGGGCAGUGUUAAAAUCUGACUUUGGACAGUGGUUGGUCCUUUAUUAAGUUAUGGGUUACCUCUUUGUAUGUCUUGAACACAACCUCAAUAUCAGUGUGUUUGCACAAACAUUAAUAAUUCGAUUAUACUUGACAACACAAUCAUCUGAUUCUCAUUACAUUGUUAACACCAUAAGCGAGUACUGUACUGCAUAAUCAGAGUCGACGUAAUCCAAAUAACAAACCUGGUUACUGGUCAGUUCUUUUGAAUAUCUGUAUUAGGUUUGUGGACGUCUAGUAACAAGUUUCCUGGAGAUUGACACAAAGUAUUCAGACAAUGACCAGUUUAACAAACCAGUGAUGUAAACUGAGGUAACAUCAGAGUACUGUAAACCACAUAAACAGUAACAAAUUAUUACCUUUACCCUGUGCUUUUUACACGAAUCGAGUUAUUUGUGUACAUGUAAACAUACUGAUCACAGUGAGCAACAUUAUGAUAACCUAAUAACAUUUUCUGGCCCCAUUUGAAUAUUAAACUUUUGAUGAAGAGCCUCAGAAGGUUUGGGACAAUGUUGGGGAAUAUUAGGUUAAAUGCUGCAGUAAAACUCGAUGACAUUGGAUACUGUAUUUAAAUAAUGUUAAUAAUAGGCUAUAUUGUAAUCAAAGACUCAGACACACCUUGUAUUAUAUGUUCUUAUUUAAUUUGUUAGAGUAAUAAAGCAUUUAGAAUAA